GCGCGUCACGAGGCUGAAAAGUGUCAGCAGAAACAGCGCGAAAGUUUGCGUCGGCGGAGCAACAAUGCUUUUGAAAAAAAGCCUGUUUGUUUCUUCUUGUGUUCCACAGUAUGUAGGAGCCGCCGUGUGCUGCGGUGCAUGUGUGUGAAACAUAAACAUUACCGGCCACAGCGCUGACUUGUGAAGAUGCUGGAAUUAGGAGCGAUGUUGUAAAGACCUAUUAGCAAUGGACAGUCCAUGUUCUGUGAACCGACGGCAGGCAUGGGCUCAGUGCAGCCGCCACUGGCUCACAGUGGAAGAUACUGACCUGCAUGCAUCUGCAUCCAGCAACGCACCUACAACUGCAGCUACACAGCUUUCUCUUCAGGAUAAAAUCUUUCCCGAUGGAUGCUCUACAGGAAAGAUUGAAACCUGGCUCCAAGGCUGUGGUAAUGAAGCCAGUCAAGAGAACCCAAGUCAACUCACUCUGGAAUCUUUGUUGAAGACUGCUAACAGUUUUGAGGAUGACCUAAGCCUUGGGGCUGAAGCUACAGGACUAGAAGAUGGAUUGCAUGAGGAAGAGUUUGGGCACUGUCCAUUGCUCCUGCCUCCUCCUAAAUCACGUCGCAAAGAUUUGCACACAAGCAGCACUCCUCAGCAGAGGCUUAAUCUGCCAUUUAGAAACAUGGGCCAUAGUAUGGCAUCGAGUAUCUUCUCAUCCACCACCAGUAAGACUGCUUCCAGUGUGUCUGAGGUCCUGCAGAUGUGUGCUGAGGAUGCAGAGGAGACUCUGUACCAGUUAGGAUUUGGUUGUGAGGAGCCACAAGUAACAGCUCGGAUUCCAGCUCGUUUCUUCACCUUCCCUUCACAGCUCAGAGGCAUCAACUUCCGCCUGUUCCUUGAGUCACAGCUCCGCCGCAUUCGUGAAGAAGACCCCAGCCUCUCACUAGCAAGUCGUUUCCGUCAGGUGGAGGUAUUAACAGCCAUGGCCAAUGCUUUCUAUUCUCUCUACUCCCACGUAUCUCGGACACCACUUCAGAAGCUGGCACCCCCCGAAUUCAGCUUUUCAUCACCCACUGUGGAGCGGAGCAUUGGCCAACGCUUUUUUGGCAACGUCCGCACUGAACCACGGUCUCCAGUGGAGCGUCUCAAAGACACUGUAUCCAAGAUGUGCUUAUACACACGUGGAUCGGACUCUGCCUCUCCAAACUGUUCUCCUCGCAAGAGGAACAGCCUGCCGGAUGUCGUUGAAAUGAUAGUGGGGAAUGUGAAGGGUGAAGGAGGCCAUGGCCAGAGUACAGGAAUGUGGAUACAGGAGCAAGCAGGUUAUGGAGGCAUAACUCAUAAAGUGAAAGACGAAAAGGCUCUACAGCAUGCUGAAGUGAAGGCUGCUGAAAACACAAAUGACCAUGAGAAAACUACAAGUGCACACAAGCAGAGGAUCCAGCGGUGGUCACAAUCAGGGCAGAGAGAAAGUCCUAGAGCAAAGGGCUCCCUGUUUAAGUCACGCCAUGCAUCUCUGGAAUCUCGGCAUACUCAGCUUUCACAGGAUACAGACUUGGGUGAAGGAUCCUCCAAUUCCUCUUUGCUUCUUGACUCCUCAAAAUAUUCUGCUGAUACUAAUGCACUAGCUCCCAUUAAUACUUAUGAUACAGUUUCCUCUCAUGUAGUGGAGCAUGUGCAUAAAGCACCAUAUUGGUGUCCAGAGAUGCAUAGUGUAUCAGCAAUGGGCUUAUCAAACCCUGGUCAUAUGCACAGGCCAGACCCAUGUCCUAAGACACUUGAAGUAGAACAGAAGCCAAGCAUCACUGAUACAAAAUCAGCAGCAGCAGCACAGAACAAAGAUGAUCUUAUGGAAAUACCAGUAACUUCAAAGAUUUCACAAGAUGAUCAUGUGUCCCUCCACACAAGCAUCAAACAAGAAUCAUUAUGUCAGAUUAUGGUUACUGGAUGGGAGGAUGAUGACCCCAUCCUCCACAAGGCCUCAUUUGAGGACUGUACUAAUUUCAUGAACCCUGGUAGCACUGUGCAGAUGCAUUCAUCCCAAUCAGACCAGCAGAAGUACCUGAGUCCCAGCAACCCCUCAACUAGCCAGAUCAACUGCCAACUCAAACAAGCCAACUCCUUUGAGUUGGAAGAGGUGCAGAGUGUGGGAGAGGAGGAGAACACGUCAGUGGAGCAAUGUAGUGUAUACACACUUUCAGUUACAGCAUCUGCGCAUCAGAAAUGUUCACCCUUGAGAGGGGACAGUUUCCAGUCAGACAGCAGUGGCUAUGCUGAAGAGGACAUGCAGAAUUUGCUCCCAUCCAUGAAUAGAUAAUCUGAAGAUCAAAACCCACAUUUCACACAUCCAUAAUGAUCUAUUUUGGGGUUUUGCUUCUUUUAGAAAAUACAGAGGAGCUUUCUUAUACAGUCAUAAAAAGACAUGUUUUGCUUCUGAGAAGUUGAAAAGCAUUACAACUGCAGCAGAAGGCAUAACUUUUCUACUUUGUGUGUGUUUGUGUGUUAGGGUGCAUCAGUUGCCCUCACUUUCAUAAAAUCUGAUGCAUUUUUGUUUGGGUGUUCCUUUUCACCAAUAAAGACAUCCUGUAAAAUUUUUUGACCAUAUUCAAAAGUCUAAUGGUGGCACCAUGAGGUUCAUUUUUUGCCAAAAAACGCUUAUUUUAUGUUUUCGCGCAGGUUUGAAUCACAAUGUUGGACUCCAUUUAUUGAUUUCUUGUGACCCAGAGAUCAUGUUAAGAACCUUUGCAAGGGAUUGAGAAGCAUUAAUGUGAUUCAGAAUACAUUUGUAUUGUUUAAAAGUAGUUGAACAAUGAUUCAGUGAACAGCUAAAACUCAAACUGUGCUUGAUAUUUAGAAUAUGUACUAAAAAUGUGUAUCUAAGAUAUUUGGUAUACUCUAUAAGGUGCCAUAAUGUUUCAUGAAAAGUGAUCGAAAUUUUGUCAUAAAAUAGCAGCUUUUUCCAUAACUUUGAGCUCCUGGUGCCACCAUUAAACUUUUGAAUUUUGUCAAAAUAUUUCACCCAGUGUACUUUCUUACCAAAAGGAACAUAAAAACAAAAAUGUAUCAUGAUCGGAGGAACUUUUCAUUUUUAGGGGGCAACUGAUGCACCCUAGCGUGUGUAGGUUAAUUCAUCACUUGUCUGUGAUAAUCACUUCGCUGCGUGAUAAACAGUGCUCAACAUUUGGCAUUUGAAUGUAUUGCAAUUAAGCAGUACUAACAUGUUUUGAAUAUUUAUUUUUUAUUUAUUUUACUGUCUUAUGAUAAAGUGUUUAUUUGCACAUCUAUGCUACUAUCGAUUGAGUGGAAUAGCAAAUACAAGUGCUUUAUUUCAGGCUUUGUGGUCUGGCUGUACAACAUGAAAACAAAUCCACACAGAAUUAAAUUAGAUUUUAUUAUUAGUUUAAUGACUGAUGUCUCAAACUGAUCAAAUGAAUUUUCUGUACAUUCUUGCUCAGAACUGCAUAACCAUCCAGUUCCACAUGGGCUAAAAACUUUACCUCACAAUGUACUAACUCUAAUCUUGCCCCCAAAAUAAAAUGCUAAUAUUUUAAUAA